AUGGAAAGAUGGGCUGCACGAGGAGGAUCUGUAAGACUUCGUUGUGUUCACGAUGUACCGCCUCACCUAUUGGACAAGGUGGUCUUCCUUCGUCAUGGUACCAAGAUCUUCCAAUACAUUAGAGAUAGAAAACCGCCGUAUAGAAAUUUUACAACACCAGGUGCCGUACUUAAUAUUGCGCUAGCAACAGAGAACUCUAUAAUACUGCAAAAUUUGGACUUCGCAGCCAGCGGUAGCUACUCAUGCGAAGUAUCGCUUGACACACCAAUCUACACAAAGGCUUCGGGCGAAAAGCAACUCACUGUUUUUCAUCCUCAAAAACACCAUCCACGUAUCGACUUCCCAACGAGAUACCUAAGCUUUGGAGAAACAUUGAAAGCUAACUGCACGAGCGCGCCUGCGCUGCCGGCCCCGCACAUCACAUGGUUUAUUAAUGGGAAAAAGAUGGAUAAAGUUGCUCACUCACACAAAAUUCGUGUACCAAUGGUUGAGCGUAAUGGCAGACGAGGCUUUCAAAGAGUAGAACAAGAGACUGAUUUUAGUUCUCCUUCACCAAUCCUCACACUCACCCAUGUAUCUCAUAUUGCUACUAGAGCACCGGGCUGCCUUCAUAAGGAACAGGAUUAUCAGACGGAUUCAGAUCAUGAGGAUGGGAAUAUGGUUCAAGGGUUAAGUCGCCACAGAAGUAGGAGACCCAAUCGCGGCAGAGAUCUCUACGUCACGGUGUCUGAGCUAGAGUUAAUUGCUUCUGGAAGGUUAGAAGUCACCUGCGUCAGUACUAUCCCUGAAUUUAGAAACAUUGAAGAUAAAUUUGCAGACCUUAGAAACGAUACUGUUAUAGUGGAUAUAAUAAAGCCCUCUACGUACAUUCAGCCAUCCAUCAACGAGACUGUCACGAGCUCCAGUACUUCAGGUUGCAGUAUAGCAAUACCGUCAUUAAUUUUAGAUCUAAUUAUCAUUGUUUACCUACAUACCGUUUGU